AUGGUCGACAUUAUCCUUUUUGUUUCUUCAACGGCCGUUGGUGCAACGACUUGCCUUUGCGAAAAGCCAGCCAAUUUAUGCGCCCAGGCGAAGGUUGGCGCACACCCUCAAAAACUCGUCCCAGGCGGUGUUGGGACCAAUAGCGCGGCGGAUGCUUUGAUCUCGGCAGCGGCAAGCUGCCUGCUUUUUACCUCACUGGUUCUGCUCCUGAAAGCUACCCUGCAUUAUGCUACGAAUUGGCAUGGGACAUUUCUCUGGCUUUUUCUCCGGGUUACCCUGCUCGGGGCCAGCACUGUUGAUCGAACAUGCCCUGUGCAUGACGAAGGUUCUGCAGGCACUCGUCGGGGCGACCCGUCACUAUCUCAUGCCUCGGCGCAGCCAUCCUUACCGCUUGCUGCAGGCGGCCGGCGGAAUGUUGGUAGAAAGCGACCUGGCGACGACGGGUCAGAUGCCGAAGAAAACAACCGCGGCAAGCGUCCGCGACUUGUUAGCCGAAAGGGCUCGAAAGCAAGAGUGCGCUGCCCCUUCAAGGACCACGACCCUGACAACCCCGAAUACGAAAAAUGUGGGAGAUUUAGCGAGUGGUCCCGCCUGCGUGAGCAUCUUCUGGACCGGAAACACAAACCACGGGACCGAUGCCCGACUUGCGGAGAGAUCUUCACCGAUGACGUCGCAUGGGACCUACAUACCAGUGUUCUACGAACAUGCAAACCGUCUCCGAAAGCAUUGGAUAGGCCUUUCUGGGUCGAUAGACACCAAGCGGCAGAGAUCAGAGAGCUUUCGACCAGGGGUCGCAAAAACGAGGGGUCCCUCGAAGAGAUGUACCGCAAGGUGUGUCUGAUCCUUUUUGGCAGCGAGAGUGCUCCGGACCGUGCCGCUUCGGGACACCCGAUCUGGGCUCCUCAUGCCCAGCACACAGAUGACUUGGGCGUCGACCAUCGCCGCCAGGAACCCUGGAAUAUCCUCAAACGGACGAUUUGCAGUCUGCUAGGCGUGCAGAAUGUUCCUGAAGAUGAUUCCAUGCAGAGAGUCAUAGAUUCCGUUCGUUCCUACCUCGGGUACCCCAAGGAACAGGCGGGAGGUGCCGCUGUGGAGGAACAUCUGGGGAACAAUGGUGCAGUCAUCGAAGAUUGGAUGCCAUCUGCAGCCCCCUCACAGGGGCAAGCACCCGGGAUCUCAGAGCGAGACAGGUACCCUCCAGGGGGUUCGGAUGGCCACUUGGAACACUCACUCUCUAAUCUUUCCACGCAUCUUUCGGAGGGAGCCGGCAACCCGUCUCCUCCAGGCUCACUUGAUCCAGACCAGGCUUCCUCAGUAGGCCACAACCUCGACAAGCUGGGCUACGACUCUGAGUAUAUCGACCCUGUUCUGCUUCAACGGUCAGAUGCACACCACACCCACGUGCCUGUGUCCAACGACAGCUUCCCAGCGGUGCGCGCAUGCCCCACUUCCACGACAGUGCCUUCGGGCUCUGCUGCCAGCCAAGAGUCUGAGGCUACCUUUCUGGGAUCUUUCUGUGACCAACUGCCCAAGGACAUAUAUUAUCAAAAUGAUGGAGAAGUGCUUGACGACUUGGACAACUUCGACUUCAGCGUCGAGGGCUUUAGUCCAGACGCGGUCUCGAUGCAGCUUUCCGAGGACAGGGACCCAGACCCACGUUGA